UCACGAAGAAGUGCAAUUAAGAGGCAUGCCCUCAUAUCUUAAUGUAUACCUCAGGUAACCACACUAGGUAGCCUUCUGUUCCUCACCGUUACAUGACGCACUAUCAAUGGACCUACUACUGAUCACCAUUCCUAAAGCGUUUAUCACAUCUUGUUCGUCGGAAUGGAGUGUCUCCGUGCAGUUUCCUGUUUAAUAGAGACUUGCCCCGCCAGCUCCUAUUUAAAUCGCGACUGCUCACCAAACGAUCAGGCAGUGGGGGUAAUGAUAACCAACUUCGGAAAUUAUGAUCCAGCCUUGGCUUGGAAUUAUUUCAUCACUAUGUUGCGUAAAUUACUUGCAUUUACAUGGCUUAUAGGGGUAUCCAUUCAGGCGGUGGUAAACUCCACUUGGAAGAAUACAACUACUGACAACCUCACGGCACCCUUGACCUUUACCGCUGGCGGUACUUUCAAAAUCUCCAUCUUCGAGGAUCUACAUUUCGGCGAGAAUGCUUGGGAUUCAUGGGGUCAUCAGCAAGACAUCAACUCGGUGAAGGUACUCAAUCAAGUUCUCGACUCCGAAACUCCAGGUCUUGUUGUAUUGAAUGGCGACCUGAUCACUGGAGAAAACACGUACUUGGAAAACAGUACAGAAUAUGUCGAUCAGAUCGUUGGUCCAAUUGUUCAGCGCGGUUUGACAUGGGCCUCAACCUAUGGCAAUCAUGACCAUAAUUUCAACGUGACUGGAUCCACUAUCCUAGCCCGUGAAAAAUUAUGGCCUAACUCACGAACUCAACAGAUGGUUUUUGGUCUUGAAUCUGGCAUAUCUAACUACUAUCUGCCCGUAUACGACCCAUCAUGCUGCGCGUCUGGUUGUGCACCCGAGCUGCUUCUAUGGUUUUUCGAUUCUCGAGGCGGCUGGUAUUACCAAAUGUUAGACGAAUCCGGUAAUCAAGUGGGACAGCCUGACUGGGUCGAUAUAAGUGUCGUCAAUUGGUUCGAGUCGACGAAUCAGGAGCUUGUCAACAGACACGGAAAAGUCAUUCCGUCACUCGUGUUUGUGCACAUUCCGACCAAUGCGUCUCUAGCACUUCAGGAAAUCGGAAUUAACCCACAUCACCAGCCUGGCAUCAAUCAUGACAUCCCACUUGCCCAACAAGCUCAAGGAUGGUGUGAAGAUGGCAGUAACGACACCAACUGCUCGUACGGCGGGCAAGACGGACCGUUUAUGUAUGCGAUAGUCUCAACGCCUGGUCUGAUCGCUGUGUUUUCAGGUCACGACCAUGGAGACACCUGGUGUUAUAAAUGGGACUCAUUGCUCCCGGGUAUGAUUGUCGAAGGAAAUGGGGUCAACCUAUGCUUUGGGCAGCAUUCUGGUUACGGUGGUUAUGGCAAUUGGGAGCGGGGCGCCAGGCAGGUGCUCGUUACGCAGGAGAAGUUGAAGAACUUGGAAGUCGAUACUUGGAUCCGCCUUGAAUCGGGAAAUGUGGUUGGUAGUGUCUCACUUAAUGCCACAUACGGGCAAGACAACUAUACAGCAACACCAGAUACUCGAACCUACUGCCCGACUUGCAACUAUACUAUCGUGACACCAAUACUGGAACACCCCCGAAGAGAAGCAGCCAGCGUGAAAGGUGCCUCAGGGAUCCAUCUGGAGCAACAACUUUAGGUAGUUUUAAAUGGGACAGAGGACAGAUAUGUUCUCAAACCGCAACACCACACUCGAUCGCUAGACCUAUCUUCGACCAACAAUUGUGUUACGUGUCCAUCACAGCAAGUCUCCUGUGGUGAAUUGAGACACGUAUGAAUGGCCAUAUAUAUUUAUUAGCAAAACCAGUAAAAUAUUGAUUUA